UAUUUAUUAUGAACCAAGAACACAGAGUACGAUUCACAACAAGAGUUGAACUCUAAACCAAGCUCAACAAGGAUGACACACCGAGCAUUGAUCUUUCCAAAAUUUCCCACUCUUCUCAGUGUUCCACUGAUCUUCCUCAUCUCUUUUGAAUCUUCAUAUAGCCAAAGCUUGUUGCAAAAGGGCUCUUCUCUCUUAGUUGAAGAUAGCUCACAUGUGUACUUAACCUCCCCAGACAAAACUUUCACCUGUGGCUUCUACAGUCUUGGCGAAAAUGCUCACUGGUUCUCAAUCUGGUUCACCAAUGCAAAAGAUUCAACUGUUGUUUGGAUGGCUAACCCUGAGAGACCAGUCAAUGGCAAGGGCUCAAAAGUUUCUUUGCAACACAAUGGUGAUAUGGUCCUAAAGGAUGUUGAUGGCUCAGUGAUUUGGACUACUAACACCCCCACUACUGGUGCUGACAAGGCUGAGCUUUUGGAAUCUGGAAAUCUUGUUCUGAAGGAUACAGAUGGUAACAUUCUAUGGCAAAGCUUUGAUUUUCCUACUGAUACUUUGCUUCCUAACCAACCCUUUACAAAGAGGAAAAAGUUGGUCUGUAGAUCAGGGCCAGGAGCCUUUGCUACUGGGUACUUUAGCUUACAUUUUAACGAUGAAAAUGUGUUAAGCUUGAUAUAUGAUGCUCCUGAUAUUUCAGGCGUGUAUUGGCCUGAUCCUGAUAAAGAUGUGCUCAAAAUUGGAAGAACAAAGUACAACAGUAGUGCAGUUGCUGUUUUAGAUGAAAGAGGUAACUUCUUGUCAAGUGAUAGGCUGCAAUUCAGUGCUUUGGACAUGGGUUUUGGGAUCAAAAGAAGGCUAACAAUAGAUCAUGAUGGGAAUCUCAGGCUUUAUAGCCUCAAUAAUCUGACAGGACACUGGAUGGUUUCAUGGAUAGCUCUUCUGCAGCAAUGUCAUGUCCAUGGAGUUUGUGGCAAAAAUGGGAUCUGUGCUUAUGCACUAGAUAAGCCAAAGUGUUCAUGUCCCCCAGGGUUUGAGGUAACUGAGCCAGGCAAUUGGAGCAAAGGGUGCAAGCCUAAGUUCAACAGAAGUUUAACUACAAACUCCAAGCAAGUGAAUUUCAUCACACUUCCAAGCGUCAAUUUCUGGGGAUUUGAUCUCAAUUUCAUCCAGUCUUCAACAAAAGAUGAUUGUAUGAAGCUUUGCUUAGACGAUUUCCGGUGUGAAGCAUACACCUACAGGCUAACAGAAGAAGGUCGUUGCAACACAAAAAGUGCUCUUUUCAAUGGUCAUAGCUCUCCCAAUGUUCGGACCACCACCUAUAUAAAAGUUCCAGGCAAUUUUCAGCCAUCUGGGGUCACUAGUUCAACUGACAUAAAGCAAAUUUGCAAGUUAAGAAAGUCUAAUAUUACCGUAGAAUCUCCUGUGUACCACUUUCCUGGUGAGUCUAGUCAUAGUGUGAUAUGGACUUGUCUCUACAGCUUUGUCUUUGGUCUUGGAGCAAUUGAACUUUUAGUUCUAGGAUCAGGUUGGUGGUUCCUUUUCAGAAGACAUGGUGUGCCAUCUGUAGUUGAAGAUGGAUAUCAAGCACUUUCAAGCCAAUUCAGGAGCUUUAGUUACUCUGAACUCAAGAAAGCAACACAAAAAUUCAAGGAAGAGCUUGGCAGAGGAGCCUUUGGAGUUGUGUAUAAAGGUGUUUUAGCAGAUGAAAGGGCGGUCGCCGUCAAGAGACUUGGAGAUAUCUAUCAAGGAGAAGAAGCAUUUUGGGCUGAAGUGAGUAUAAUUGGAAAAAUUUAUCACAUGAACCUGGUGAGAAUGUGGGGAUUUUGUUCAGAAGCCAAUCACAAACUCUUAGUCUAUGAGUAUAUAGAAAAUUUAUCCCUUGACAAACACUUAUUCUCUUCAGGAAGUUUUCUUGGAUGGAAAGAAAGGUUUAAAGUUGCCCUGGGAACAGCUAAGGCAUUAGCCUAUCUUCACCAUGAAUGUCUAGAAUGGGUUAUUCAUUGUGAUGUGAAACCUGAAAACAUACUCCUGGACAGUGAAUUUGAACCCAAAAUUUCAGAUUUUGGACUGGCCAUGCUGUCCCAGAGAGGCAAACAAACUUCAGGAGUCUCUAGGAUUCGCGGUACAAAGGGUUACAUGGCCCCAGAGUGGACUAUGAAUCUCCCUAUUACUUCCAAGGUUGAUGUUUACAGCUAUGGGGUGGUGAUUCUUGAAAUGGUGAAGGGAAUUCGGGUUUCACAUCUGAUGGUUGAGGAAGGUGAUGAGGAGCAAGAAGUUGAGUUGAAUAGAAUUGUCAAGACAGUGAAACGGAAAAUGCAGUUUGGGGAGGACAAUUGGAUAGAGGAAAUGGCUGAUCAAAGAUUGAAUGGACAUUUUAGCAGAAGCCAGGCUGCAAAAUUGGUUGAAAUUGGGAUAUCUUGUAUGGAGGAAGAUAGAAACAAGCGACCAACAAUGGAAUCAAUAGUCCAGGCUCUUUCAGAAUGUGAAGCUGAAACUGAAAUCCAUUGUGUAGACAAUCAGUAGCUGCAACAUUUGAGUAAAAUGUGUUCUCUGUUUUAAGUGUUCAUGUAUUUUGUGUUUUCUAGAUAAAUAAGUUGCAACUUUUAUCAUGUAAGAUUAAGUCAUGACUGUCUUUGAAAUGUAUUUGAGGAUGCGAAUAAGAGAAUAUGUAAUGUUUGUAUUAUAUGUA